GCAAGGCAAUGGCCCGAGGACGUCGGGUCGACGGCGCAACAUCGUACGGGACGGCCAGCCACCGAACAGACAUCGUACGGUACGCCUCGUGCACCACCAUCAAUCUAGAUAUAAUUAACCCAAAGGACAAUUGGCAAUGAACGGUCUUAACUUCUUAUUGACUUCACAGUGACGGAUUGUAGGUUUCACAUGGACUUGGAAAAUCGCAAAUUUAACAUGAGUCCUAUUAAAACGGAAGACAAAGUAUUGUUUUUUGGAACAGCAGCCCUAUCGAUGACCAUGAUAGGUUACUCCUUAUCUAAAGGAACGGGAGCUAUGAUGAGAUUUAUAAACAAAUGGGAGAUUCCUUCGGUAAUCAGGGAAACGUCGGUCACAUCCGUUUAUGAUUACUUAAAGAACCCUGUGAUAGCUAUUCGAAAAAUAGGAGAACGUAGAGCGUUAAAGGAAUCAUUGAACAAACUCGUGUUUACCGAACAAAUCAACAACAAAUACCAGGAACUGGUUGGAACAACUACAUACGCGGCAACACAAAAACUAAGAACGAACCGUAGAAACGUUAUGGUUUACGGACCACCGGGAAAUGGAAAAUCAUCAUUCGUCAGAAAAAUCGCAAUAAACAGCGGUGUUCACUAUGCUGUCAUCAAUGGCAUUGAUUUGAUGUCACGCAAUCAAAAGUUAGUGCCGGAAAUUCAAAAAUUAUUCGAUUGGAUCUAUAAGCGAAGAAGUAAUCCUUUCGUGCUUUUGGUAUUGAAAGCGGACGAAUUUUUCAACAACCGGACAAAUGAGCAUAUUAGAGAAGCUACUUGUAUAUUCUCAGAGAAACUCAAAAAUAAUAAUUUUAACAGUUUAAUGGUACUGAUGACCGCCGACAACCAAAUAUACAACAUCAAGAUUAAUGACUACAUAAACGAUUUUGUGUUUAUUCUUACUCCAGAAAAAGAACAGAAGCUAAAAUUAAUCAGACUAUAUGCUGAAAAAUAUAUACUAAGUGUUGAAGACAAAUAUAGGAAAGAAUUAGAAAGUAUAUAUGAUGAGAUAGCGAGUGCAACUAAAAAUAUGUCUUGCCAAGACAUAGAGAUGCUAGUCAAAUUGUGGAAAAUUUUACUGUAUGAAUCGAAAAGUGACAAAAAUCCAAAGCAAAUCAUCUUAGAAUGUUGUUAUCGAACUAUUCAGGAUAAUAAAAAAAAGGUUAAAAAAUGUAUUAUUUAAAAAUUAUGUAGAAAAAAUAACUGUUACAACGAACAUUUGCUAAUCAUACUUAUUUUAUUCAACUACAAUAUUCCAAUCCAUUCAAAUUAA